GUAGCCGGGGGAGCACAGGAACACACCUUCAUUUUUCCUGUCGAUCAUGGCGAACGCUGUGUGAUGGUUGAUCGAAGCGUCAGAACAGAGUAUAAGUUCAUCCCGAAACUGACGCGAAAACUUCUCAGCUCUUGCAAUUUCCGUCGCGUCAGAUGGGUCCGCGGUCAGACCCUCUCGGCGAAGUAGAAACAAGCUCCAGUGUUCGGGUUGUGAUUGUGAUGAUCAUCUUCAGCUGACUGAGACAUCACAGCACAAACUUGUAGUUCUGCAAAAGAAAGUUACUCCGGACUGACCCUGGCAAUCACCGUAGUCCGUAGUCCGUGGUCACGACGCUGGAAGACUGAAGAUCUUACGGCAACACUGUGUCUACCUACCUUGCUGGCUUGAUUCUCAAAGAUGAGGGAUAAAAGCAGCUUGUUCUCCCCUCCUCGCAGCAGCCCAACCAGACACACCACUCACCAGUUUUCUCCCCAUCGUUUGAGUUCAUCUCCAGCAACAUCUCCCUUUGGCACGUAGCACAUCAAAACCACCUGUUACACCCAAAGACACUGACACGAAAACCGUCAACAUGAAGUUCGCUUUUGCAUCCACCAUCGCCCUCGUUGGCACAGCCAUUGCUGCUCCUGCCUCCCCCAGAGCGGCAACACCCAGCCAUUUGAAAUCCGAACGCCAGGUGACCACCCAGGUCGUCGAUCCAUGCAUUGCUCUGUGCCUCAUUGACCCCGUGGGCUGUGUGUCCAGUGGGGAGUGCGAGGAUCUCAACAUCGAUCCCAACUCCUCCGUCGUGACCACAUCCGUGGGGGGUGUCAGCAUCAAGCGCCAGGAGCAGGACGACGACUGUGAAUUAACCGACUUUUUGUGUCUUUUGUUCGGCAAAAAGGCUAGAAGGUCAGCCCCGGUCCGACGCCAGCUUGAGUGUAAUGCCAUCAAGGACACAAUCCUGCGCGGCGCCUGUAUCGCUUCAUUGACCUUGGCAGAGGCUUGAGCUUGGCACUGCGAUCCCCAACGAGGUUUUUACGCGGUUGGGUAUAGGAGGACUUCACAGAGAUGGUGCGUCUAAUAUCCCGUCACUGGUAUGCGAAGAUCGGGCAGUGGAGGUUGGUUGAGUGAAGGUGAUAAUUCAAAACGGUGGUCGUUGGGUCUUGGAUGGACUUAAUUACAGGGUUAGGGAGGAAAAUGAAGGAUAAGACUCAGAGUUGUACUUGUAUUUAUUUAUCUUUCCCUUGACAUCGGACUUUGACGUCUCUUUUCUUUUGUUGGAACAUAUCGAAGCAGAUAUCUCAACCAUCUUGAGCUCAUCCCUUUGUAAACAUGUCCCAAGACUUAGUGCACCCC